AGAGGCUAGAGGUUCAGUCCUGCUAGGAGGUAUAGCUGGUUUUUUUUUCCCUUCAAGCUAGGAUGCAACUGAUCCCUGCAGCAGAGAAGAAUGAUCUUUCUGAACAGACAUUUUUUCAAUUGUUUCAUUGCCAUUAGAGAUCUAUUAAUUUUUUAGUCUCCUCCAAACAAGGAGACCACUUGGAAUUGGAUUAGUUCCUGUUCUUGGGAAUAUUUUUCCUGCCUUUCUUUAAAUUCCUUUUGGACAACCUUCAGGAACCAAAUGGGGAAAAAACAGAGACAUUUUCCAAAAGAAUGGAGUCACAGAGAUGCCAUCAGCAGCUCCCCAGAUCCUGGCUAGACCUUCAGCUUCCCCAUCAGAUGACCAGAGACUCCAGGCCAAAGCCACUGCAGAGCUUCCAUCGCAUCCAGUCUACCGGGGGAACAUCACCGUUUUGCCCCUUCUAUAUUCUGACUAUAUGACUCAAUUACUGGGCCAUGACAACAAGUCUGAUAAAUCGAGUUCAUCGUCUCACUCUGACCAUCAAACUCUUCCUUCUUCAUAUAGCAGCAAUAGGACGAAAGCUUCAUCAAGCCGUUCUCCUCAGGUUUGCUCAUUAGGUCAUGCCCAAUGGACAGAAGAACAACCGCACGUUCAUUAUUGGGCCACUUCUCAAGCACGUCAGGAUGAGACCGUCCUGGGCGCCAGUGGCCAGGCCACAUCUCUACCAGGCUCUAACCACUUGGUCACGAUUCCCUCAAGCCUGGACCCCCAAGACUCUUCUCUGGGCUCAGAACACCUGACCACACUUCCGCCUGGCCAGGACAAUUGGGCAUACAUCCCACUGGACCUUGACCACCAGCGUACAACUCCACAGGGCCUCGGCAGUUGUACUGAAACUAAACUAAGCCAUUGUGCCGUGGACACAAUCCAAAAGGUUAUGCCAAAUCCAGAGGUGGCCCUGGACACCGACACUAGCCUAAGGCCUCCAACAGGACUGGAUUGCUUGGCCGUACAUCCAGUAGGCCUUAGACCUAUGGAUCAUAAUUGCCAUGUUGAAGAGGCUCUGCUAGAGUCCGGUGUUCAGGAGACAUCUCCACUAGCCUCAGGCCUUGGGGAAAUGAUAUUCCAGGAAUCUGAUUACCAGGCUGAGGCUACAGCAAAUGCCAAUGAUCUGAUGGUCCCACACAGAGCAGUUGUGUGCCAUCAGGAGUCAAGGACGUUGGAACCCAACUGCUGUAACAAAUACCCAGAGAAACUGCAAAACUGGCCAAUACCCCAAAUGGUCCCACAAGCUAAGAGGGAUGAGCCUGGCCAUGAUGGCCAGGGAGUAUCUCCAUCAUCUUUGAACCUUGAGCCAAUGCCAUUGGGCGUGGAUCAUGAGAUUACACAUUACACUGACGCAGGUUGCCAGACGGAAGCUGUCGAAGCCCCCCAUUCCCAGUCCUUUGUUCUGUAUCCCCUGGAAAUAAGGGCUCUGAGUCCCAACUGCCAAGCCAAAUACCCAGAGGAACAAGAAAACCAGGUCACACUCCAAAUAAGCUAUAACCUCCAGGCUGAGGAUAUUGUACCCAACGCAAACGUUCAGGGGACCUCUCUACCCGUUGUGAGCCUCGAACCCCAGGCUUUCCUGCAACACAGUCCUGGCCAACAGGUUCAGCCUGCAGAAGACCCCAGUGCCAUUCUUUCUAUCCAUUUAACUGAGCUGGAACACAGUACAGAAUCUCCACAGUGCCCAGGAGAUGGGACUCUACCUCUAUCCACACCUGUUCCCAGGGUCAAAUCUCCAGCUCUCUGUGAUGCUCCAACUGAGGUUGAACUGAAGUGUGAUGACCAAUCUGAGGCUCAGCCUGGCCUCCAAGACCAGAUUCUGAAUAGAGAUGCGCCAUGUUUAAAGGGCAUUGAGCCAUUUAGCAUUGAGAGGGGGAUAAUUCCUAAUAGAAUUGUAAAUGCCGUCAUCAGUUCUAUCCCUCUGGAGAAAAUCCAAAUUGACCUCUAUAAGGAAAUCAUUUUACAACAGAAGAGUCAGUGUCCUAAUACCUGGCCCAAUCAACUUAUAUCAUCCAGUUAUACAGUCUGUCUCAUUUGUGCUGCAUGGAUCCCAAAUGGUUGUCCCCAUGUCGAAGAAAUGAAACAUCUUUUUAAAGCACAAUUGUUGGCCAUCCCAACGCCUCUGAAUGAUUCUGAGGAAAAUGGGGUGAAAUUAGUCCUCAAAAUUUCCCAGCAGAAAAGGGCCCACUCCAUUGUUAGGUUCCCACGCCCCGAAGAUGGCAUACUUAGACCCACGUUACGUGAACUUCUGUUGUCAGCUCAUUCAGAGCCUUUGUCUCCUGAGUCACCCUUUUACCAACAUCUACCUGCAAGGGUCCAUCGGUCUGAUUAUAUUCAUGGCAAAAAGCACCAGCUAUGGAGGGGAAAAAUAUCUGGUAGGAAACAACCAUUCAAAGGGGAGUUGCACAUGAAAGGCAUUUCCAACAAGGAAGAAAAGCCAGAGAGACAUGGGUUAGCUUCCAAAUUUUUUCAAAGAAUAUUUCAGAGGAGAAGAAAAAAUUAAAUGAAUUAUCUUUUCUCUUUUUAAGAAA